AAACCAUUCAUUACCUCAGUACCAACAAGACCAUGAGGCCCACACUCAGCUGCCUUCUUCUGGGUGAGUAAGAAAUUGAUAGGCUAAGACAUUCAACAUAAGCAAGGAGAAAUAGCUCAGAGGCAGAGCAAAUGCAUUGCAUGUAGAAAGUUGUUGAUUCAGGCUGCAUAUGCCCCAUAUAUUUAAAGGCAUAUUUAAAACACAUUCGCCCCCAAAUGGUUCUGGGCAUGGUAGUUUAUGCUAUAAUUCCCAGCACCACCAAGAAGCAAAAGUUCUCAGGAUUCUUUUCUCCCUCCCUCCCUCCCUCCCUCUCUUUUUGCAAGGGGAUGUGCUUUAAGUGUGUUAUAAAUGCAUGGUAGUAUGUAUGUACUGUUAGACAGGUAAGAUACUAGCGGGUGAUGUGAAAGACUCCUGUUUUCAUUGGAGAAAUGUCGGAGGUUGUGCUGUUAGGACUGGCUUGUGCAGGAACUUUCAAGUUUCAUUGUGAUGCAGUAGAAUGAAUUGCUGUGAAGACCAUUUAGCCAAAGCCUCCAUCACACCCCAUUUCCAACUCAAGUGGCAGACUCUGAUGUUCUGGGUGGUAUUCAACUAAAUAAAAGCACUAGUACAAGGGUGAGCACUAAUGCAAUUGGACCUCCCCCCUCCUACCCCUCUAUGCACUGCACACUGCCCCCAACUCUGCUUUGGAGGGUUGAAGAAUCCUACAGAAAAGACACAGGGGGAAUGGGAGGGGAGGGGAGGGGGGAACAUUCUGCUGCAUUGGAAGAAACCCUUGCUUUGGCAGAACAUUGUCCUUGGUGCUAUGCUGAAUACAACCCUUUGUAAUUAUGAUUAAGAUGGAAGCGGGGAGAGGAAAGGGACAGACACAAACCUGGAACAACCAAAAAACAUUAAAGGAAAUCCGUUUCUGCAAAAUGUGAAGAAGUCUCUGGCAUUUUAAAGAUGAAUGUACAGAAUUUUAUAAGGAAGAACUUUCUGCUUUAGACAUUUGUUGCCUCAGCAAUGUUUCUUUUUUAAAAUAAAACUCAGUAUGGGGCUUUCUAUCCUGGCAAACAGCUGUUUUUAAUAUCGUUUUUUAAAUAUUGGUCCUAGGAUUUGUUAUUUGUCAAGGGAUUUGUCUUGGAUUUGCUGUUGUGCACGAAGAUGAAAGAGGUAAAAAUUAUUUUCUCCUGGAGAAUAUUUGGAAAAAUGUGGGAGCAAUUAUUGAUUCAAUUUUUACCAUUGUUUACUAUUAUUUUAAUGUUGUUGAAGAGGGCAAUGUUCUUGGCCUCUACUCCUUCCAGGUAUCCAUCUAUUUAAGAAAUGUAUUUAAUCAAAUGAUCUAUCAGCACAUGUCAUGGUCUUGCAAAAGAGUACAAAUUUUGGGAAAAGGUGAUGAAGGAAAUUUCUGAAUAAUAGACCUCAAUCUGUGAUUUUUAAAUAUUUUUAUGGGUCAAAUAUAGACUUAAUAUAUAACCAUAACACAGGAACUGAAAGUAAUGUCAAACUGCACGUGCAUUGUCCUCUGUACCAGACUUUGGAAUGAAAAUAAAAGGGUGGAGAAUUCCUGAUGCAUGGGUUUCACUUCAGAAGAUGGCUAGCUAAUUUGCAACUGCAAGAUCCAGACAGAAAGUGAGAUGGGGAGAAUUAAUAUGGGCAGCAGUCAGCUCCUUAGUUGAAGCCCAGGGACAAAGGUUAAUCCCUCUUUCUUUCCUUUAUCUGCUGAAUAGUCCAUAGCGUUUAUAUUAUGUACACAUCCUAUCCUCAAAUGCACUAGAAAGUACUUCCAUGUAAACAUAUCUUGUUCAUGGGAUGCUGCUUCUUUAAAAAAUGUUAACAAUUGCUGUUUCUUUGUAGGAUCUGGUGGUCCACGACAAUGGCGAUUAGAUAACAUUUGGAAGCGUUAUGAUAUAGGUAUGUUUUGGACCAUGUCUGCAUCGUUAGCACCUGUAAAUCCCAUGUUGGAGCAAUCGAAAGAAAGGGUCACAAUGCACAUUGCUCCGUGAAGUGGAGCCUGACACGGAACAACACGGCAUUUGCACUUGUUAUGAAUCAGCGUGUAAAUGUUACACGAAGCAUGUACAAACAACCCCACCACACAGUAGAAUUUGCAAAAAAGGGGAAGGCCAUUGGCAUGCAUUUGAUUGUCACAGUAUGUACACAUUAAACCAUGAUAGAAUCAACUUUAAAGUUAAUGCAACAGCCUAAAGGAUAGUGACCUGGGUGGCAGUGCGAGCAUUGCCUCACCUUGGAUCAGACUGAUUUAACUGACCAAUUGUGUCGCAAAUAACUCGGUUCUGCCCCCCUCCCCCAACAUAAAGCUUGUCCGUCUAACAUUAAGCCUGCCCCCCCAAUAAAUCCUGGCUAUGCCCUUGGCUGCCACCAUGUUAUGCUUGCUGGUAAAAUAAUGUAAAGCCCUGACCCUCUCAGAGACAAUCAAGCCAGUAUAAAAUGGAGAGGGUUUGAAAAUACUGCAUAGCUAGUUGGUUGCAGUUCUUUUUAAAAGUAUUUUGCAUGAAAAUCAGUGAGCUCAUACUGUUUAUAUACUUGUCAUUGUGCUAGUUAGUAUUGCUAAGUAACGCUGCUUAUAUACUUGCGGAUUAAAUAUUUGCUCCUUGUCCACUUCUUCCUCGGGUGGCGCUGUGGUCUAAACCACAGAGCCUAGGGAUUGCCGAUCAGAAGGUCGGUGGUUCGAAUCCCCGUGACAGGGUGAGCUCCCGUUGCUCGGUCCCUGCUCCUGCCAACCUAGCAGUUCGAAAGCACGUCAAAAUGCAAGCAGAUUAAAAUGUACCACUCCAGCAGGAAGGUAAACAGCGUUUCCGUGUGCUGCUCUGGUUCGCCAGAAGUGGCUUAGUCAUGCUGGCCACAUGACCUGGAAAAACUGUCUGCGGACAAACGUCGGCUCCCUCAGUAAAGCGAGAUGAGCGCCGCAACCCCAGAGUCGUCCGCGACUGGGCUUAAUGGUCGGGGGUCACCUUUACCCACAUCUUCCUAAGACCAACCAGUUCUUCUCUGCCCUCAGUGCAGGAGGGCACAGCUUGCCUGUGGAAUACCAUUUUUAUCUUUUCCUCUGUUUAGUUUAUGUGGAUGAUGAAGACAGUACUACCAGUGACAAUGACACAUCCGUAGACUGUGGUCCUAAUUCUGUUUCAUACAGUAACUCCAGCUGUGUCUGUGAAGAAGGAUACAGGGAAAUGACAACUUUGGGAACCAAUCACACCAGUUGUGAGAGUAAGUGUGUUAAUUCUCAGAUCCUUUAAAUGGCAUCUACUUGAGCUGCACAGUGAUGAAAUUUGAUAUUCAGUCAUUGCUAAUGUCAUAACCAAUGGCAAUACGCCAUUAUUUUUCUGUCAAUGUUAAACUGUUUCUCAGAGGGUUUUAAUUGUCCUUGUUUCAAUUGGCUUCUUUAUUGUAUGUUUUAAUAAAUGAUGUUUCAUUCCUCUCUUAUUGAAUUGCUAUUGUGUAUUAUAAUCACGAAUGAAUGUCCUAAUUGAUUCUAUAGUUGUAAACUGCUUACAAGCCAUUCUGGAAUGCAAGAAGUAUAUAAGUUAAUAAAUAACACUGGGGUUUUAGCCAUCCCAAAGGGUAGAAAGUAUUUCUUUAUUAUCAAUAAAAUCCUAAUUCUGUAGGUGGAAAGAUGGUGCAGCUGUCAGGAUCAGAAGCCGAAGCUCUUUAGGCACAGAUAUCAGCAGAGGAUUGCUGGAAAACCUGGUGGGUUGAGGGUGGGGGCUACAAUAUAUUCUUCACACAUAGCAGUCUUCUCUUACACAUAUAAGCUUAAAUGAUUAUUAUACAAAAGCAAUCCAUGCUAAAAGUGUUUAGUAUUUAGAAGCCUAAACUCUUUUAGACCCCAGUUCAAUACAUUCAGAAAUAACUAGAAGAUAUAAUUUUUGAUCAGAAAAAAUGGUGGCACAAUCUGUCAUCUCCAAACACAUAACAAGCACACAAAUCGUACAAGUUUACAUGGAGCCCAUGCAUUGCAUGUUAGUUGUACAUUAUGUUUUCUUUACAGAAAUUCCCUACCACUGCCAACCAGAUAUUGUAAGACAAAAUGGUGGUCUAGGGGUGUGUUUCAAUGCAACAAAACCAGAGGUAUGUGUGUUGUGAUAUGUGUGAAAUUAACACAGUUCUGUAAAUCUGAUAUGCUUAACCUUACUGGGUUGGUUGGUAUGCUAACACUGUCAAUGUUUCUUCUUUGAAAUGCAAAUGGUGAUUCUCCCCACUAGAACAGUAGUGCUAAAUGCAAAUUAGAUGUUUUCAUUGUUAGCUAACUCACUCUCAUUCUCCAAAUCUGUUGAAAAUUGAGGGAACUGCAGGGAAGGAGGAAAUUGGACAAGGAAAAUGCUUGAUUCAUGUUCUACUCACAUGGAACACAUAACGAAAAUCCUGUGCUAAGCAUGUGUGGGAGGCAACCUGCUUAUGAUUUCUAUAUGCGGAGCUAAUUACUCUAUAUAUCCUCGAUAUUCAUAUAUAUAUAUAUGUAUAUAUAUAUAUAUAUAGUAUAUAUUUUGUAUUGCUCAUUGUUUUAAAGUUUACUGGUUGUAAAAUGAUUUUGUUGUAUUCUAUCUUUGAGACUUUUAUGUUCGUCACUAAUAAAUGUAAUAAAAAUUAUUAUUAUUAUGUUCCAGACCUCACUCUGAUGUUAAAGGCAGGGUGUGUUAAGAAAGGGGUUGGGGGAGGGUUGUGAAAGAACCACUGUUUUUGUGAAGAGCUGCUGGAAGGAAAGGGAGGAAACUGAAAUAGGUCUUAUCUGCCCAACAUCUCUGUGAAGUAAGUUUGGCUGAGAGAUAAUGGGCAGAUCCACCCCAUACAUUUACAACGUAUUCAAUGGACAAUAAUCAACACGACUUCCUUCACAAAAUCCUGGGAACUGUUGUUUGUUCAGAAUUCUGCAAAUUGUAACCCUGGGAGGGGGAACUACAGUUCCUAGAAUUCUUUGGGGGAAAUAAUUUGCCUUAAAUGCACAACUGAUCUGCCCAGCAACAUGGCCAAAGCUCUCCUAGUGAGCGUCAUACCUAAGAGGGGAUUUGAAUCUGGGUGUCUCUAAUCCUAGUGCAACCAUUAUAACCACUAUUUGGCCCAGCAAAAUAUUUUCUGCUCAUGCCUGGGGCAAUAUCAGACCAUUUGACUUAACCCAGCCUAUACUACUUUUUGGGGGUAUUUCAUUGUAUUUCCUUGUCAGCUGAUCUCUGCCAACACGCAUUUCUUCUCUUCUCUUAGAAUUACUUCAGCCAUAACAACAGUUACUACUGCUCAGUGGUGGGGCCAGCCUUCAAUGUUUUUUUAUCCUUCUGUGAAAAUGGCAGUGUGAUACCAACUUCCUUGCAGGUAAGGCUUCCCAAGAACUGAGGCAACAUUUGGCCACAGCAUCUCCUUCCUGAGAAGUUCUGUGCCUUCCUGUUUGCAAGACUGUGUGGUUUCCUACUGUGUACUGUGGUCAGUGAAGGAUGGGUGGCUCUAUGACAGUUUACACAGACAAGGCUUUCAAUGUUCAAAACUGUUUAAUUUCAAACAAAUAAAAAUAUGGAGAUCAUGUGGCCCUGCAGAUGUUAUUGGACUAGAAUUCCUAUCAUCCUUACCCAUUAUCCAUGGGAGAAGAAUACAGAAAAAAAGGUAAUAUUUUUUGAUCUUGAAGUGGUCUAUGUAGUUGAUAUUAAAUUGUAAAUUUUGUUGUUGUUUCACAAUUAAAGAACAGACAGACAGGUAGAUAUUUUCUUUUGCUCUAGGAUAAUGUACACCCAUUGAGCCGUACAAAAUCUACUGUGCUAUGUACAUAUUCUGAGAAUUCAUUCAUUCAUUCAUUGAAUUUUUAUACCGCCCUAUACCUGGAGGUUUCAGGGCGGUUCACAAAAAAGAUCACAAUAUAUGAAAAUAAAAACAAUAAUCCAAUAACACUCCCCUCCCCAAAGAGUCACAUUUUAAAUUUCAGCCAAAUUUCAGCCAAAGGCCUGGUUAAAAAGGAAUGUUUUUGCCUGGUGCCUAAAAGUGUAUAAUUAAGGCACCAGGCGAACUUUCCUGGGGAGAGCAUUCCACAAACGAGGAGCCACUGCAGAGAAGGCCCAUUCUCGUGUUGCUACCCUCCUGCCUCUCUUGAAGAACUGAUUGUAAAAAGGCAAGCAAGGUUUUGAAUUGUCAUGUUGUUUCUUUGCUUCUUGUAAUGCUGCAGGACACAGUGGGCUCCGUUGACAAACUUCUUGUCAGCAGUUCCCUACAGAGUAUUGAAACAAAUGAGGAGCGUGUAUCAGCUGUGACAUUGGUUUUGGACGGACUGGCCUCAACCGCAGUUGCAAAAGCUAUUGCAUCUCCAGAGCACCAAUCUCAGACUGUGGUUACUAACUCAAUAGGUAAGGAGAAUUGUCCAUGGAGUUUUCUUGGCAGGGAUACUGGAGUGGCUAGUCGUUUCCUGCUCCAGGUGGAUCACGUUUAGUCAAAACUCUCCACUAUGACCUGUCCAUCUUGGGUGGCCCUGCACGGCAUAGCUCAUAGUUUAUCUGAGUUGUUCAAGCCCCUUCGCCACGACAAGGCAAUGAUCCAACUACCACACAAUUGCGCUCAUUUCACAUGCUAGCAAGGUUAUGCUUAAAAUUCUACAAGGCAGGCUUAAGCAGUAUGUUGACCGAGAACUCCCAGAAUUGCAAGCUGGAUUUCGAAGGGGCAGAGGAGCCAGAGACCAAAUUGCAAACAUGCGUUGGAUUAUGGAGGAAGCUAGAGAGUUCCAGAAAAACAUCUACUUCUGUUUCAUUGACUAUGCAAAAGCAUUUGACUGUGUUGACCACAGCAAACUAUGGCAAGUUCUUAAAGAAAUGGGAGUGCCUGAUCACCUCAUCUGUCCACUGAGAAAUCUCUAUGUGGGACAAGAAGCUAUAGUUAGAACUGGAAAUGGAACAAUUGAUUGGUUCAAAAUUGGGAAAGGAGUACGACAAGGCUGUAUAUUGUCUCCCUGCUUAUUUAAGGCUGGACUGGAUGAAUCCCAAACCGGAAUUAAGAUUGCCAGAAGAAAUAUCAACAACCUCAGAUAUGCAGAUGACAUAGCCUUGAUGGCAGAAAGUGAGGAGGAAUGAAAGAACCUUUUAAUGAAGGUGAAAGAGGAGAGCGCAAAAUAUGGUCUGAAGCUCAACAUCAAAAAAACUAAGCUCAUGGCCACUGAUCCCAUCACCUCCUGGCAAAUAGAAGGGGAGGAAAUGGAGGCAAUGAGAGAUUUUACUUUAUUGGGUUCCAUGAUCACUGCAUAUGGUGACAGCUGUCACAAAAUUAAAAGAUGCCUGCUUCUUGGGAGAAAAGCAAUGACAAACCUAGACAGCAUCUUAAAAAGCAGAGACAUCACCUUGCCGACAAAGGUCCGUAUUGUUAAAGCUAUGGUUUUCCCAGUAGUGAUGUAUGGAAGUGAGAGCUGGACCAUCAAGAAGGCUGAUCGCCGAAGAAUUGAUGCUUUUGAAUUAUGGUGCUGGAGGAGACUCUUGAGAGUCCCACGGACUGCAAGAAGAUCAAGCCUAUCCAUUCUGAAGGCAAUCAGCCCUGAGUGCUCACUGGAAGGACAGAUCCUAAAGCUGAGGCUCCAAUACUUUGGCCACCUCGUGAGAAGAGAAGACUCCCUGGAAAAGACCCUGAUGCUGGGAAAGAUGGAGGGCACAAGGAGAAGGGGACGACAGAGGAUGAGAUGGUUGGACAGUGUUCUCGAAGCUACCAACAUGAGUUUGAUCAAGCUGCGGGAGGCAGUGGAAGACAGGAGUGCCUGGUGUGCUCUGAUCCAUGGAGUCACGAAGAGUCAGACACAACUAAACGACUAAACAAUAACAACGGAGAAUUAAGAGGGCUUUCAAAGCAGCAGCAGCAGCAGCAGAAGAAGAAAUGUUUUGUUUGUCUUCAUUUUAUAUUGCUGAAACCCAGUGGAUAAAAUUCUGCUUCUCCUUUCCUUCCUUCUUUCUGUUUCCUUGUAUUUCUGUUGUGAUGCUAACAGAAAGCCAUGAUUGGGGAUUUUUUACCAACUAUAUUGGAAAGUUGAGAAGGAAGGUUUGGAGAUUUCGAGAGAUUUGUCACACAUAGGGAUGGAAGAGAAUUCUGUUUGGUCUGCACUUUAAACAGAACAUACAUGAUUUGCAGUUAACAUACAUUGAGUGGAACACAGUUAAAAACUCCCCUGCAUACAAAGGGGGUUGGGGGAUGAGUACAAAAUGUGUAUAUUAGGAGAAAAUGGAUGAAACCACACAAACAUUUUUCUUCUUCUUCAAAAAAAGUGCAGUAAAUGGGAUGGAACAGACUUAUUAUUGAAUGCAUGUGAAACUGACUUAAAUGGAAAUAAGCUGAUCCAUACACCCCUAGCCAUUUAUAGUGAUGGGUGAGCUCUCAAUGGCUAGAUCGGGAAUGAGCAAGGCUUUUUGUGAACUUUCAUGGUUAGUGUUUGGAAAAGUCGGUGUUUCAUUAUUUGUGUUUCAUGACAUGUGUGCUCCUGCCUUCAUAUCUGUUGUUGCGGUCCCUUCUGGGAUUUGCUUUUUCAUUGUCCUACAAACACAUAGUUAGUCAUCAUGAUGUGUAUCUAAGAACCCAUGUCUCUUCUUUGCUCAUUGUAGUGAUCCAAACCCACAUAAUCAGUGAAGAGUUUAUUUCAAAAAAUGAAGCUCUGCAUUUAGAGGCUCAAGAAGACCAAAUGACCAUUGAUCCCAGAGCAGUGAUUGACAGGAUCACCCAAGGUAUGCUUUCUGCUCAUUUCUCAGAUAACACUUGUUCAAGAUAAAGAAUAGCAACUUAUCACAGUGCUUCUAAAUCCCUUAGAAAAGUACCUUGAAUAUUCUCUUUCUUCAGACACACCAAACUUUUUACUAUCUUUACCAUGUACUUUUAACUAGUUUCAUUGACUGUCAGCAUCAAUUUGACCUGUAUUUCUCAGCAGUAAAAAAGUGCAACCUAAUUGUACGUAUUUGAGAAGGAGGUCCAGUCUUCAGGUACAAACCACUGGCCCUGGCUGGGAAAUGAGAAUCUGGGACUUGUGGCAGGACAACUAGAAAAUAUCCCUUGUGGCUGGCAUCAGGAUGUGGUGUCCCUGUGCAGGGACAAAGAGUGCAUUGUGCAGACAGCAGCAUGGGAAAUUUAUAUGUGUGGAAUUGCCUAAGGGAAAUAAGGUUAGAAGGAUUUGCUGGAAACACGAUCUGAACUAGAAUACAAAACUGGGAGGUGAGAGGAGGUCAUGGAAAUAAGUAAAGGGAAAAGGCUAUGUAAAGGUCUAAUUUGUUUUUGUUUUAUUGUAACUCAAUGUAUUUUUAUAUUUUUUGUUAAGUUUUCUUUUUUAUUGUAUCUUAUUGUUCUUUUUUACUUGUUUAUUUCUUACUUUGUUAUGGUUAAUGAUUUUUUUUGUAUUUUGUAUGGUUUUUCUUUUUCUUUUUUGUAACUUUAAAUCUGGAAUAAAUAUUAUUUAUAAAAAAAAAAGGAAUUGCCUAAGGGACAAUCACUCUUACAAACACUCUAUUCUACCAAAGAAAAGUACAUGUGUGUAUACCGAGGCAAUCUUUGGUAUGUGACAUGUAUUUUCACUAUUCUGCCUCCGACAUUCCUUCUGUCUCUUGCAGGUCCUGUCGCUGUGGCCUUUAUGUCAUACAGUGGACUGGGAUCACUCCUGAGUGGGAUUCUUCUGCAGGAUGAGACUCAGCAGAGCAGGGGAAUUCUGGGAGAAAUCUUCCACAUGAACUCCAGGAUGCUAAGCGCUUCCACCAGCCGCUGGAUGAGGAAUAUUUCCAGCCCUGUCAACCUCACCUUUCGUCACCUUGAGGUGAGUAAAUGAAUUCUGUAGAGGAGAUCAGGGAAGUGUUUUUUCUGUUCAUAUUGUGAAUAUCUAUUAAGACGUGAGAGAGACCCCUCCCCCAAUGUCAAGGAAAAUGUAGAGCUGGGACAAGACCCUCAGCUGAACUCCCUGUAUACAUCCAAGCUUUGCUCCCUGACACUCAGAUUCACAGGCAGGUAUCCUAGUUUAUCAGAAAUGUUGUCGUAGACAUACCGUAGUUCAUUCUGUUUGUCAUGUAUUCUUUACCUGUUACUUUGCGGCUCCUAUUCUUUGCACCAGAAAGACGCAUAACUUUCAGUGGACUUUCUCCAGAUCUUCCUCCAACCCUUCCCCUUUCUUACAGAAUAAAGUUCCCCAGGAAAAAGUGGUUUGUAUCCACUGGGACUCUGCAAGCAGAAGUGGUGCCUGGUCCCCUGAGGGCUGCCAGCUCCUCCAGUCUAACAGCACUCAUUCAGAAUGCAGCUGUCAGUACCUGUCCAACUUUGCUGUGCUGAUGGCCCCCACUCCCAAGCAGGUAAGUCAGACUUAGGCCUGACAAUGUCUGAGUUCCCUGUUGGAGGAAAGAGUGAAAGACCAGACCCUAAGUCACCACUAAUCCAUUUGUUUUGGGUCCUGUUAUAGUACCGUAUUUCAUGGAUUAGAUAGUGUGAGGCUACUCCAGAGUUAGUGGUGGAGAAACACGUUCAUAGAAUACUUCUGCAAACUGCUGCAGGUUUCUCUGUCAUCAUUAAUGGUUAAAAGGGCAAUUCAGACACCUGAUGUGCCACACUGGUGAGGGGGUGGAAUCAGGCUGAGGUGCUGCACACCAACUUUUUAUUGUAUUUAAGGCAUAACUAUUAGGUUUAAUAGAUAGAUAGAUAGAUAGAUAGAUAGAUAGAUAGAUGAUAGAUAGAUAGAUGAUAGACAUUUCAGCAAGAUGCUCAGGAUCACUUUAAUUUCCCUUAUGGAAUCACUGGAGCUUGUGGAAGCUGAGGAUUUUGUUCCUUUAUGGAAUCGAAAUCUGCUAGAUGAAGUGUAAAAAAACCAUGUUUAUCAAAAGUCAGUUUUUGGUUCUGAGAGCCACUGUCCUGUGUUACAGGGAGCUCUGAUCCUCUCCAUUAUCAGCUACAUUGGACUGAACAUCUCGCUCAUCUGCCUCUUCUUGUCCAUUGUUACCUUUCUCUUUUGCCGCUCCGUCCAAAACAGCAGCACCUUCAUCCACCUGCAGCUGAGUUUGUGCCUCUUCUUUGCAGACCUCAUCUUCUUAAUCGGAAUUGACAAAACACAGAACAAGGUAUUUUGGCACAUCCUUGAAGGAUAUGGCAGAGACUCGAUAACUCUGCUCACUACCCCAUCCAGUCAUGCACUCUGAUCCAAAGCAGUACAGGAUUCUAGUACUGAGUACUGACAAAAGGGCGCCUUUUAUUUCCAUUCCAGAUCCUGUGCUCGGUCAUAGCUGGGACUCUGCACUACCUCUUCCUGGCCUGUUUUGUGUGGAUGUUCUUGGAAGGUGUGAACCUCUUCAUCAUCGUCAAGAACCUGAAAGUGGCAAAUUACGGCGGUACCAGCAAGUGCAUGAAAAUAUCCAUGUACCUCUGUGGCUAUGGGCUCCCUGCCAUGAUAGUUGGCAUUUCUGCAGCAAUUUCACCCGGGUCCUAUGGGACCCAUUAUCAGUAAGUGUCCGUUUUAGAAUAUAGGGAGGCAGGGAGAUCUGCAAAGGUCACCCUUUGAAGUCCUCUGUUUAAAAUAAUUGGAUUGCCCAUGUAACUAGUGCACCUCAAUCUUGAAUGUAUUUACUGAUGGAUUUUAUUAUCACUCUACAGACCCAGGUUUGUGGGCUAACAGACACAAAGACCAGCUAAGGUUUUCCAAGCCCUUUCCACACACCCCAACACAAUAAGGAAGUGGUAACUGUGAUCUUAGUUAGAACGUCACUGGGCAGAUGUGGAUCCCACCUUCCCUGCAAUCUCUGGAUCCUCCUCCAUCUAUAUUCAAAUGGACAUACUGGGCAUUAGACAUAAAACAGAAUCAAUCUGCAUUGGGUUUCUAUUUUCAGAAUGAAACUACAUUUAUGAAAAAGUGUUUUUGAGGGGUAUAUAGUGAGGAAUAGUUCCAGACUGUGUGGACUAGUUAGGGGAAAACAAACAAACAAGCUGAGUGAACACUGAAUGUAGACUAUAUAAUGUUGUGUACAUGUAGCCGUGUUUUCAGGUGUAACUGCAGUUUUGGUGUUUGUGGGUUUUCCAAAAGUUAUGUUGAUGGUAUUUCUUUUUCCUUAGCUGCUGGCUUAACCAUGAGAAAGGUUUUAUCUGGAGCUUCCUGGGACCUGUCUGUGCCAUAAUCGUGGUCAGUAAAAAUAGCUCUCAUUCUCUAAAAAUAACAGGAAAAUGGGGCAAAAACACAAGAAAACACAGACUGCUUGUUGAACAUCUCCCUGCUUUAUAACUGCUAAAGGAAAGGAAAUCUUUUAUGGGCUGAGGUGCAGAAUUCAUAAUUCUUGUUGUCAGCCAGAUCUAGGCCAGGUCUUUGGCUUCAUCUAAUACUUGAAAGGAGUCCUGAGAGUUACUUCUAUAUUUGCCCUCAUGCCUUCAGUUUAAUUAGUUAUCAAUAAUGUGCAAUAUCUCCUUUUUGCUACACUGAUAUGGGCUACAAAUAAUUUUGCAAUGUCACUAGAAACUUUUUCAAACUGAUAGUGAAUCUGCAUCACUCAUCUAGAAGCUGGAUAUGAAUAAAGUGAAUUCCAGAGAGUUUGUUCAUUGAAAUGUCAUCCUGAUUGGUUUUCACAAUAUUUGCGGGAAGGUUAUACAAUGACCCAGUUUAUUAUUUCUGCUUAGUUCAUGGAGCAGUUACAUGAGUUACCAGUACAUUGCCCCAUCAUUUUAUUUCUUGCAAAAGGUCUGGUGUGUGUGUGUUUUACAAGUGGGUUUAUUGCAUGUAAGUACCAAAUUUGUUUUCAUUGCCCAACAUAAAUUUACUGCUUUGCAAUUGAACCCCACUCACAAAAUGCAACAGUCCUAAGAAUUAUGCUUCACAUUUUCCCGUGGAGCACUUUUUAUCCUUUCUCAAAUUAUUUUUCUUUUUCUCAGAUCAACAUUAUGUUUUUCUGCCUUAUUCUGAUGAUCUUGCGUAUGAAACUUGCAUCUCUCAAUUCUGAGAUAACUACCCUCAGAAAUACGAGGUAAGAUAAACCACAUAGUAGUGCAAAACCCAGCUGCCCAGUUUUAAGUGGUGAUUUAAAAAACUGGACUUAGUGAUUUGGCACCUGAGUUACUGGAACACUUCACACAUUAUAGCAAAUCUUAACUGCUUUCCAUUGCUACCCACAACUUUUCCAAGUCUUAUGAAGCUUUGGUUUCCUUCUAUUAAACAUGAGUGAAGAACAUGUACUUUCAAGGACAGCCACUGAGAAAAAGAGGAUUGUCUGGGAUUCGUUCAGAUAAUACAACUUCCCAGUACUGCCCUUACCUUUUCAUGACAUCCAUGCUGUUGCCUUCCUCUUUUGUAGGUCACUGACAUUUAAGGCAAUGGCCCAUGUAUUCAUCCUGGGUGUGACUUGGUGUCUAGGCCUCUUUCAGUUUGGCCCUCUGGCUGAGGUAAUGGCAUACCUGUUCACAAUCACCAACAGUGUGCAGGGAUUCUUCAUCUUCCUGGUGCAUUGCUUGCUGAACAAGAAGGUAAUGUAUGGAACAAGAGAGGGCAGCACUUAGAGCAAGCAAUAUCAAAUAAAAUGUGGGGCAAUAGGAUACAAGUGUCAUUUAAAUUCUACUCAAUAUUGAUCCAGAGCAGAUUCCAACAUAUACUUAGCGGAGUAAAAACUUAGACCAGAGGCAAUGAAUAUUUCAUCCAGCAGAGCUUUACUGCUAUUGAAGGCAAAUGAGCAUAAUGGUCUCAAAUCCAAUACAUUCAGGAUUGGCACUGUCCAUAAGAAAUCCAGUUGCAGCAGACUUAACUUAAACUUACAAUACUUAUAAUAAGUUUUAAACUCAACACUAACCCACAGAACACCACACCAGACAGAAAAGAGAUAGAAAGAGAAAGUAAGUGAAACCCAGGCGCCUUCUGGCCCUACUAUUAUAGUCUGCAUGACCUUGACAGAAAGAGAUAACAGAACCAGUUUAAACCAGCUGUACUCAGCUUCUCAAACAUCAUGAAGCUUCUUUCACACAGAGAAGCUUCAAGAAUCCUCUUGAGCUAAGUAGAAUAGGAAAGAUCUCUGCACAUCAGAUCAAUACUUUCUGUACUAAGAAAUGUAAAUUGACAAUAAGAUAUAACUUAGUGCAAAUUUUCAAGGCUGACUCCUGGUGGACCAUUGAACAAGGGACAAUUUUGUUCCUUGCUCCCUGCAAUACUCACUCCAAAGAAACAGAAUGAGGUUGGCAGCCAAUACUGAGCAGAUCAGCUCUGCAAGUGCACCUUGGGUUCAGAAUCAGAAACUUCCUUCCUCCUCCUCCUCUUAUGAUUCCCCAGUGACCAUUUAUAUUGCUACUACAGGUAUUCAGAACUAAACUCCUCACUUUUGACAGUGUUUGUCCCCUUCCUUCUCUUAACUGGUGCAAGUGGAAUGACUUUAUGAAGCCUAAUUAAGAGUAUAUAAAUCACAUCGAACAAUUUGCUUCAAUUUGGCUGGCUGUUACAUGCAUGCAAUAGAGGUUAUGCUCUAGUGCAGGGAUGGGGAACCAACAGUCUGGGAGCUAUUCUGGGUUUAUUAGGUAUCCAAUUUGGCAUGUGAGGAGGUCAUUUCCCCCAAAAUGCACCCACCUACCCAUCAGGUGAUGAUGUCAGAUGAUGGUUGGGAGGGCAAUGUUUAAUCCUGCCUUGGCUGUGUGCCCUGUUCCCAGGAGGAAAAAGGUUCACACAGCCAAGGCACUAGGGUUUAAUCUCUGCUCAUCGUCUGAUGAUAGGGAUUAAAUCUUGCUCAAAAGCACAGUUUGAAGCAGCUCAUGCUUCUAUGAAGUGAGUGGCUGGGCAACUGUGACAAUACCCUCCCCUAGUGGUGCUGCUGCUGCCUGCCUGCUUGCAUGGGAAGCAUACAAGCUACUUCAAAGAGUGCUUUUGAGAAACACUUUGAAGUAGCCUCCACAAUCCUCUUUCAGCUCUAAUGUCGGUGCAGAAGCUGCCUUAAAGUGCUUCUCAAAAGCUCUGUUUGAAGCAUCCUCAUCUCCAUGCAUUUGUUUAAAGGUUAUUGCAGCGAUGGUAGAUGGUAAAACUUAACCUGUGCCAUUCUGUUUUCUUUCUUUUUGUUCUGCACUCUCAUCUUCAUAUAACCUAAUUAAGAGUGUAUAAAUCACUUUUAAUAAUCUGUCCCAUUUUGCUUGCUUGUUAUAUGCAUGCAACUGUUGGGAUACUGCCAGGGAGAUAAAGUCCAUCAUGGCCCCCAAGCCGGCUGCCGGAUGAUCCAUCGAUCUCCCAUAGACACGCAGUAUCAGCAAUUAGCGGCAUGAGCUCAAGAACGUUCUAGAGCCGAUGCACACUCUCUAUCAGCAGAUAAUGCACAGCAGAAGUCGCACUCAGGAGAGCAUUAUUUACAAGUUUAUUCAGCGUUGAUCAGAACAAAGAAAAACAUGACUGCCUGCAUCAGUGUCUCCAGACACAGAGAGAGAAACGAAAGCAACAGAAAACAUAAACAUCCUGUGAACAGAAAAUGCGCAGACUCUGACUCACAAAGCCUGCUCCCUUUUUAGGUGGAACGGAAAUAUCCUAACAGCAACAUAGGCUAUGCUUUAGUGACUGCAGAGUCUAGGAGGGUUUGACUGAGGCUAGAACUUUAGUCAGCAGCUAGCAUCUGCACUACUCUGUUCCCUCUUUUUUUUCCUGGCAGUUUUUCACUCUCCACUGUGCAAUCAGGCAAUACUGGAGUUCUCAUGAGCGAGGACUAUGAGCACAACCCUGAGAUUUAUUUUAGAGAAGCAAGGAGAGGGAAGACAGGAUGUAGUUAAGAGAGGGCCUGAGAGUUAAGAUGAGAAACAAUAGGUUGAGAGUGGGGAGAAGCAGGAGAAAACUGAACAUUGUGAAUGUAUUGGAAACGACAGAAAGGAUGUGUGAUAGAAGGAAAAGCAUAUAGCCACUGAGACACUUGAAAGGAGAUGUGGUGUUGGCUAGAGAGGCUCAUUCCAGAGAUAGAUCAGAAAAAGAACAAUAGGCUCAACAGAGACGGUUCAGACCUGCAGCUGUGAAUCACUGAGUGAUGAGGCAUCAAACAAAGUGUUAACAAGUGAUGUACAAGUUUAGGUAAAACAGCCCUCUGUGGAGGAUGGGGUCAAAGACAGGCCCCAAAUAGGGAAGACUAAAGAUGGAUAUCAAAGGAGGCACUGAGAAAAAGAGGAAACGAUGGUCACUAGUGUGAAUACUGAAGUACUCAAGAAGGAAGGGCAUACAUCAAAAUCUGAAAGGAAAAAUCAAAUAGGAGAGGGGCAGUGGGGAAGAAACAAGCAUAUACUUCAAAAGGAAAAUUAGUUUGCGGAAAGUGUGACAUGGGGCAAUUAAAUGGGGAGAGGAGAAAGGUUAGAUAGUCACAAUUGUCAGCAUCAUGUGAGAAGAAGAGGCAGCGAUGCAAGGGAGUGUUUUUAUGGGGAGACUAGAAAUCUUUUCCUAGUAGCUUUGUAUUUUGAAUCCUCAGGUAAGAGAAACAUACUGGCGUUUGAUUUCUUGCAAGAAAGAUAUCAAGUCUCCUGCUUCUGACAUGACGAUGACUUCUGUCCCCAUCACCAAUCCCAUGGUAAGAAAGGUGCAUAAUCCAGAUAUCUUAGCAAUAAUGAUAUGGUUACCCUUGCUUCCGCCAUGUAUUCAUGGCAUUCCAUAGGAUAUCUGCACAUUUAGGGGGCAGAUAUGCUUCUCCAGCACAUGCCAUCCUCCUAGUAGAAGCAUAAUCUCUCCACAGAUUGUAGCUGGGAGAAGUUAGCUGGGCCAUCAUCUGGGUAUCAUAUGCCUGGCUAGAAAGAGUAAUGCUGAUGCAGGUUCUGAGAUGUCUAUGAUUUCUGUACCUGUCAGUGUCCCCAUGGUAAGACAGAUGCAUGAUCCAGACAUUUUCUCUAACCAGCAGUGAUAUACCGUAUUUUUCGCACCAUAGGACGCACCGGUCCAUAGGACGCAUUAAGUUUUUUGGGGGGGAAAUAAAGGAAAAAAAAUUAUUUCCCCCCCAGGCACUUGUGGGGCCGGCAGCGGGGAGAAGCGCUCUUCUCCCCGCAGUCCGCCUUCAGAUCAGGUCCGGGGACAGCGGGAAGACGCGCUGCGUCUCCCUGCUGUCCCCGGAGCUUGGGGGCAGGCAGCGGGGAGAGCGCUCUUCUCCCCGCCGCCCGCCUUCACAUCAGGUCCGGGGACAGCGGGAAGACGCGCUGCGUCUCCCUGCUGUCCCCGGAGCUGGGGGCAGGCAGCGGGAGAGCGCUCUUCUCCCCGCCGCCCGCCUCACAUCAGGUCCGGGGUCCGCGGGAAGAAGGGCUGCGUCACCCUGCUGUCCCCGGGGCAUUGUGGCAGGCAGCCGGGAGUAUCGCGCGUAUCCCCCCCGCCCGCCUUCACAUCAGGUCCGGGGGCAGCGGGCAGACGCGCUUCGUCUCCUGCUGUCCCCGGAGCUGGGGCAGGCAGCGGGGAGAGCGCUCUUCUCCCCGCCGCCCGCCUUCACAUCAGGUCCGGGGACAGCGGGAAGGCGCGCUGCGUCUCCCUGCUGUCCCCGGAGCUGGGGCAGGCAGCGGGGAGCGCUCUUCUCCCCGCCGCCCGCCUUCACAUCAGGUCCGGGGACAGCGGGAAGACGCGCUGCGUCUCCCUGCUGUCCCCGGAGCUGGGGGCAGGCAGCGGGGAGAGCGCUGCUCUCCCGCCGCCCGCCUUGAUAUCAAGUCCGGGGACAGCGGGAAGACGCGCUGCGUCUCCCCGCUGUCCCUGGAGCUUGGGGGCAGGCCGCAGGGAGAAGCGCUCUUCUCCCCGCCGCCCGCCUUCAGAUCAGGUCCGGGGACAGCAGGAAGACGCGCUGCGUCUCCCCGCUGUCCCCGGAGCUUGGGGCAGGCAGCGGGGAGAAGCGCUCUUCUCCCUGCCGCCCGCCUUCAGAUCAGGUCCGGGAACAGCAGGAAGACGCGCUGCGUCUCCCAGCUGUCCCCGGAGCUUGCGGGGCCGGCGGCGGGGUCUCCCCGCCGUCAGCCUCCAAACCACUUCGGGAGACAGUGGGAUGGCGGCGUUCCGCCUCCCUCUGUCCCCCGACCUUGUGGGGCUGGCGCUGGGGCUCUCCUGAGCCUGGAGAGCGAGAGGGUCGGUGCGCACCGACCCUCUCGCUCUCCAGGCUUUAGUGAGCCUGCAUUCGCACCAUAGGACGCACACACAUUUCCCCUUCAUUUUUGGAGGGGAAAAAGUGCGUCCUAUAGUGCGAAAAAUACGGUAGUUAACCUUGCAUCUCUCAGCCCCGUAAUAUUCACAGAAUUUCACAUUCUUAGGACAUCUGCCCUUUAUAGGUGACGGAUUUGCUUCUCCAGGACAUUUGUUCCUCCUACUAUGAAAUACCAUCUAUUCACAGAUAGCUGAGCUGUUGUGGGAUUAUUAUAUACCUGGCCAGAAGGAGCAAUGCUGGUGUAGGCUCUGCAUGAUGUUGUACCUUCAUUUCUGGGAGUUUUUCUCCACCUUUCUGGUUCAGCAGUAAAUUGCUGAGUCAAGUGAAACCUCAGUGCAACCUCAAUGAACUCUAGAGAGCAAUCAGAGCUCUGCCUGUAAUAAAAAACAUCACUUUGACCUGUCCUGUGCUGGACAUUUUGAAACUUUCUUUUUCAACCAUUCAUUGCAAGAGAAUGAAAGACUCCCAAAAUAUCAUGGGGGUGGGGAAAGGAAAUUUGCUGGAAGUUUUGAGAGGGGUUUCCUUUCUUUAACUUCAUCAGGUGGCCAAAGGUUUUCUUUUUUACAAGCUUUUUUUUAAAUCCCAUUCUGCUGAAAUGGUGCAAAGCUCUUACUGCAGCUUCCCACUGGCCACACCCACUGGAAGGGAAUUUCAGCCCAGCCUUAAUUUCAGGCUCAUAUUUUAAUAAACUAUUUGGUUUAUAACCCUAGUACUGAUCACUGCCUUGCAGGGUUUAACAGAGAGGAACAUGAUGGGAGGAACAUGUUGUUCAUUGUGCAGCCUGGAGCUCGCACAGCAAUUGCGCCCUAAUUGGUCCCAAUACCAUCGCGUGAUUGCAGUGCAGCCAACUUGGGAUGCAACAGAUUUUAUAGAUCCAGUAUUUCAUGGAAUGUUUCGUAGGAAAUGUGUUCAGAUAUUAUGGAUUACAGUUUUUUAAAGGACUGUUUUUUACUAUUAGAGUUGCAGGUUGAGUGUUGUAGAAAAUUCUCCCUGCUGUUAAAUGCUGGUUUCUUAAAGGCUGAAGUGGCCGAUAGGUUUCUGUGUUAAAGGUAGACAGACUCACAUAUUCUGAAUUUUGCACUCUUUUGCUUAUGUAUCAUAGCCUGUGACCUAAGGAACGUCUUUCCUUAUCUUUUCCAGAGGAAAGAGGAAAGCACUGCUUCAGGGAAUCAACAGAUGGUGGGAUGGGGGACAGAGCCAUAAUCAAAUACCAUGUUUUGGUCUCUUCCUUCUGCAUCCAAAAUACAACUGAAUGAAACUGGACGAACUACAGGAAUUUUUCAUAUCCAAGCAAUUAUUCCUUGUUUGGUUGCCUUCCAGCUUUUUAAUGUACCAGGAUUAAAAAAACCAUGGAAAUCCUCAUAUUCAAGACAUUUCCUAUUACUAUUACGAUACACUGUAGAUCUCAAACACUCCUGUUGCCCGUUGAAGUUUUAGGUAAUAGAAGAUGAUGAGCUUAACAAAGCAAUGGACAUUGAUUGAACCAACAGAGGAGAAGACUCAUGGCUGUCACUGGGACUGCUUCAUAGUGUCUUGGCAACAGUACCCUAAUGGCAAUAACUACUUACUUUAGGUAGCAGUGAUCAAGUCUGUACCUAUAUAUUCAUAUUCAUAUUCUGGCUGAGGCCUUUGAGGCAAAUUUUCCUUCGAAACCCAGGUUCUCACAAAUAUUUGGGAACAGAAGAAAAGCUCCGCUAAUAAUUUCACCUGCUGUCACUUGAGAUGAAAUAUGUAUACAUAUAUGCAUACAUACAUACAUACACAAAUACGAUGAUUCUUGAGUGUGGAGAGAGAGAAAAACACCAGGAAACACUG